CACUGGGAGUGUGAGGACGUGCUGGGCCGCCAGGUCGCACCGCGGAGCGCAGCGACACAAAGCCCACGAGAACCGCGGGCCGCGAUAAUUUUUUUGUUGUGUUCUCUUUUCUUCUUCCUUCAUAACAGAGCGCCCGUGUCGCGUACGGUACGCUAGCAGUCAAACAGACAGUCAGUCACUGGUGGUGUCCUGGUUACGUCGAGGACUCGGCACUGCUCAAGAUUCUCCUCAUGUGCUGGCUCAAGAGAUAAUAAUAUAAUAUACACGGUCGUGUUUCUGUUCCCAACCUCUGUCGGCCAACGAAGGGAGAGGGAGAGAAAGAGGAGAGGAGAGAGAGAGAGAGAGAGAGAGAGAGAGGGAGAGGAAUUAUUCAGUUGAAUUGUUUUGUUUUGUUUGUUCAAUCUUAUAACGUGCUGAUCAUCGAUUGGUGGUGGGACCCCCACCACGUUUUCGUCAUUCAUGUCUGGAAUACGUCACCCGCAUUGUGCACGCACAACACUCACAGUCUGGAUGGGAAUUUAGAGCAGGUUUUCCCGUCUCCUGCCCUCUCUGUCUACUAGACUGUGAUGAAAAAAGACUCGCACCACUGUCAGGGCUGUCUACCUUUGAUGUCGCGCCGACAGUUGUGUCACGUUUGAAAUCGCUGCCGUCAGCUUCAGUCAGUGUCAUCUCUGGUGUCAGCACCUUGUGUCGUGACAAGACGAUAGAACUUUGUCCCCCCGCUGUGAAGUUUUCCAAGUGACACUUUUUCAUUGUUGGCUUUGUUGAGCCCAAGGCCAGUCUAACUUGAGCUCUUUCGCCGCGCUGGAUUUUAAUCUCUGUUUUUGUUUGGAUUAGUGAACUUUCUGUGUUCUUUUGGAGCGGUAAAGUAGUACCACAGUUCAUUCUGCACUCUGUUUUUGUUUUACGUCUACAGUAUUUUACUUUCUCGUGUAACCUUGUGUUUUAAGAGCUUCUUAUGAAUUCAUUGAUAAGGGACGUUGUUAUUGGUCACUGAGGAAUGCGCUGGACUAGCUAAAACCCAAAUUCUUCUAAUCUAAUGUAUCCUCUGACCCCCUGAGAUUAUAACAUUCGAAUUCUCUAUGCCAGGAUCGAUCGUCUAUUUUCGGAGAGAAUAGAACUGACUUAACCAAGGAUUGGAAGAUUCAUACACUUUUUUCAUUGAAUCACAUUGCCAUACAUAUAGACCGCACUUUCCUGUUGUCAAGAAAUCCAGGAUACUUUCUUACUCUGGUACGAUUAUGACCUUUCUGUAUGCCAUCCGGGUGUCAGCUCCCCCUGUCGGCCGGUGCGCCGUGCACUAAGGUGUUGCUCGUCCAGACCAUGUCGUCCAUGCCUCAUCGCGCCCAACGCCAGCACUGCUACCUGUGCGACCUGCCCCGCACGCCAUGGGCCAUGCUGCACGAUUUCUCCGAGCCCGUGUGUCGCGGCUGCGUCAACUAUGAGGGCCCGGACCGUAUCGAGAUGAUCAUCGAAUCGGCCCGGCAUAUGAAGCGUGUGCACGGCUUCCAGGAGCACUCACCCCGAGCUCCUGUGGUCAAUGGUAUCGGGAAGCCUCCUCCACCCCCUCCGGUGUCUCAGGGUCUUCCUGUGCAUACUUCCAGGACCGGCGGCCUACCCCCUCUCCAUCCUUCAGUGGAUGGGCCGCCUCCACCGCCUCUGGGGGUUUCCUCUCACGCCUCUGUAGCUUUGGACGCUUCACGUCUCUCUGGUCCUCAUUCCCACCACCAUCUACCGGGCCCAAGCCACCCUCCGCCGCCCCACCCACCGCACCCACCGCACCCACCACACGCCCACCACCCUCCACCGCCACCUGACAGGUUUCUCGACGCUCGGAGGAAUGUGAUGGACUUCAGUCCUCUAGGGAGGCUGCACAACGGUCUGCCAGUAGGGCACCUUCCCGUGCCGCGGUCUGUAGAGGAUCACCUGGACAUCCAUCAUCGCGGCAGUCCACCCCGGAUGGGGAUGCCGUUACUUCACCCGCUGAGCCAGUCCAGUCGUCACAGCGCCCCGCCACAACCGCCAUUGUUGUCGGCGAAAAGAGGGGAAGAUGACGACGAUGGUAUCACACAGUCCAGCUCUUCGUGCGAGGACGGCGCCAAGUAUUCCUCUCUCGAGGAGGCCGUUCAGAAACACCCGCUCGUGAGGGACACGCUGAACACCCUAGCGGCGUGCGUGCCCUUUCAGAUACGCCUGAAGAAGGAUCACAUGCUGGUGGGCAGGAUGUUUGCAUUUGACGCCAGUCUCCGCGCGCCGCAUGAGCUAGAGCUGAAGUAUUUCGUGGAGUACCCUAUAGGUUCAGGAACAGUUCACAAUUCUGUGUCGAGCUUGGUCAAGCUCAUGUGUCGUGACGCCGUCAGCGACCUCGGGAAAGGUCAGAGUUCAGGGUUGAUGUUCUUAGAGUACGAGGUUAAGCACAACAGCGGCCAGUGGAACAGCAUGACGGAUUUGUUCACUGAUCACGUGAGGCAUUUCAGAGAGUUGUUGAAGAGAGAAUUACUUCCCACGCCGUUCGUAGACAGCUGUCUGCCGCCCCUUCCGAGUCAUCUGGGCCGCAUUGUACCGUUGUCCAAGUCGGAGAUUCAUCACCGCUCGUUCCUGGACGGUCCUGGCGGCGGUAACAGCGGGAGCAGCGGCAGCAGUCGCAAGCGGAAAGGCUCUGCCAGCGGCGACGACGACCACGGUGGUCCAGCCAUCAAGAUGACGGAGGAGCAGCACAAACGCCAGCACUGGAUACAGAGCCAGGCGGAGGCGCUCAAGCUCACCAUCACAUCCGCCGCUGCUGCCGCCGCCGCGUACGGCCCGGGUCUUCCCAGCUCGACCUCCAUGUCGCCGCUCAGCAACCACAACACAACGCCAACGCCGCCGGAGGGCGUCAGCGCCGCGCCGGGUCAAGGUUCGUCCCCCAUGGCGGCGCUCAUGAAUGUCACCGACACUCUGACCUCGCCCACAGGUCACACCGCUCCUCCUCCUCCGCCGCCGACUUCAGACAUGCUGCAACAUAGCUCUCUCCUGAUGCGGGGCGGCAACGCGCGGCACUCAUCACCCGCUUCACGACGCGGCGGUAGCGGCGGACACCCGUCAGGGCCUGUAUCAGACACAGGCGUGGGCAGCACCAUGCCCGAAUCAACCAGCGGCGGGAUUCCGCCGGCGGGGUCGCCGGAGUUGCUGAAAUGCACGCUGUGUCAAGAGCGGCUGGAAGACACUCACUUCGUCCAGUGCCCGUCUGUCUCAGAGCACAAGUUCUGUUUCCCAUGUUCGAAGGAGAGCAUCAAGCGCCAGGGUGCGGGCACGGAGGUGUACUGUCCGAGCGGCAACAAGUGUCCUCUCUCCGGAUCCAACGUGCCCUGGGCUUUCAUGCAGGGAGAAAUCAUCACCAUCCUAGGGGACGACUAUCAAGGCCCGGCCCUGAGGGGUGGGGGAAGCGCGGGAGGAGAUUCUGGGAGUGCAGCGGGGGCGGGGAGUGGAAGUAACAGUGGUAGUGGUGGGGGUGGAGGUACCGGUGGAGGUACUGGUUCCAGUGGAAACCUCGGUUGUGUGGGGAAAGACAUGAACAUCAAGAAAGAAAGAGACACAUGAUCUUUUUCUAUGUUUAAACCACAAGUACAAAACAACAACUACUACAACAACAACAACUACAACCUCAACAACAACAACAACAACGAGGACGACGACGCGACGACGAUGACAACAACAAGCUGCUCGACUCCGAAUGAAAAUUGUCCCCACAAAUGUCAUAGAAAUCCAUUUUGUGGUCUUGGAGUUUUCCAACUUUCUUUUUUGUACGUUGGUCUUCAGAGAUUUUAUCUUCUCAUCAUGGAACACUUUUCUGAAGAAAGCACUGGGUGACACUUGACCCUUUUAUACGGUCUAAUAAACUCUUUGUCCGUGCUGUUGUAGUAUAUUUGAGACGGUAAACUGUUGGUGCAUUACUGGAGACUGUCUAGUGUUGACAAACCAGUGACCCAGAUCCGCUCUCGAGAAUUGGAAUUUCUUCACUGGCCUCAAAGGACUCAAAAUCGGUUACUUUGCUCGUCUCUGAAUGACAAGGUUUUUUCAGUGAACACUAGACUAUCGUUUGGCUGCCCGCCUCUGUAUGGUGUGUUUCGCUUUGUACCGUUCUUCUGUGACAUCUACUUUUGGUUCAUUGUUGGAAUAUUUGAUUCAUUCAGCGCUCACUCUUUCAAUAUAAUAUUACGAUCGUGGUCUUUUGUGCUGUUUUCCCCGUAGCUAUAUCAUUACAUUGUAGACGAAGUGCUCUGUUUGUAGUUUUAUGUGGAGGGCAAGACGAGUGAAGCCCACCUGUGUGUGUGUGUGUUUGUGUGUGAAUGUGUGUGUGUAUGUGUUUGUGUAUGUGU